AUGGAGUGCUUGAUAAUUUACCUAUUGUCGGAAAAAUCAUCCAAUAUUCUUGUUCAUGGAUACAAGGAUCCAAGUCUAGAUAACAGAUUCAAUUCAAGGACGACAAACUCGUCUUCUAAUUUUCAUGUUACCUAUCUCAGAGAAUCUAAUUGGCAGAAAGUCUUUGUGAAGAUUGGGGCAGAGAAGUUUUUGGACUUAGUGCUUAACAACAAAGGAUUUCUUUUGCUAGAUAAUGGGAAUUCUGUACAAUUAUUCGGCGAUCCAAUCCCCUUUAGGCAUUUGUCUGCGCCACCGGGAGUGCUAAACAAAAACAGCGUAUUGCAUAGAUCAAAAACUUCAGCUAGCUCUAGAAACUCAUUGGUCCCACAGGAUGUCGAUGCAUUAUAUCUGGAGGUAUUUUCAAGUUGUGAAUGUCAGAACAAGAAGCUGCUAAAAAGAAUGCAUAGAGCUCGACGAAUGCUAAAGUUGCUAAUAUCAAAUGAGAGAAAAUGUCGAUAUGAUUUAAUAUACUGGAAGUACCUCGGGGCCCAAAAACCAAACUAUCACCAUUUGCCUGACAACUCUACGCCAGUGUCAAUAGUUAUUCAAGUUGUUUUUAGCAUUCUCCAAAAACUACUACCUUCUGAGGCUUGGGGCGGUAGUUUAAACAGGGGAAUUUUAAGGAGAGCUAUUAUCCAGUAUAUUCAGUUGCAGAAAAUGGAUCGAGCUUGGCUUGAUGAUUUGACUUCUGGAAUAAAACUAAAAGAGAUCGGAUGGCUUGGAGAGAGACAAUUUACUUCACAGCAAGAUCUUCAGAAAAGAAAGCUAGCAUUAAACGCGUUUCUUUAUUGGUUGUUAGAUAAGCUUAUUCCUAGGAUCCUUAGGACAUAUUGGUAUGUCACAGAAUGUUCGAAUACCAUAGAAACUAACAUGCUAUACUUCACUCACGAGAUAUGGAAUCAAAUAUCUAGGAAAUGGUUGGGUCAUUAUAUCAAGUCGAAUCUUAUAAAGUUAGAGUUAACCGAAGCCGAAACGGCUGCUAUACAAUUGAAUUUUGGCUUUAUGCGACUUAUUCCCAAACUUUCAGAUUUUAGGGUGAUCUGUAUUCCAUCCAGAAUACAUAUUUCUUCGCUCCUAGAUCCAAAUUCUCAUUCAAAAGAAGGGCAAGAUUACGAAUUUAGACGGUAUAAUAGUGAUGUAUUACUUCCCGUUGGGCAGAUUUUGCGCUCGAAGUUGAAACUUCGAAACAGCCAUACAGGCUUUUUUAACCGUCCUAUGCGUUCCAAUGCAGAUGUUGCUCAGUGCAUUGUUGAGUUUCGUAAAGAACUUGCCGACAUAAAUGAUGGAGUGUUGCCAAAGUUGUAUGUUUUUAAAUUUGACAUGAUGCAAUGUUAUGAUCGAUUAGAUCAGACGAAGAUAAUGGAAGAGAUUAACAAACUUUUUGCUGAUGAGGAUGACAAUUCACCAUACUACUUCCGUCAAUAUUGCGAGCUAGAUUCGUCGCAUGAAAAGUGGAAAAAGGCUUGGAAAAUCAUCCAGAACAAUGCAAGAGAUUUCAGUAUAGCGCAACACUCUCUCAAAGGCGGGGCUAGGACAUCAUAUUUUGAUAAAGUCAAAACUUUGAAGCUACAUAAGAAAGAUAUUCUUGAAGUCUGCUACAAACAAGUCUUUGAAACGAAAGUUCUUAUGAAAAAUAGCAAAGGAAAUUAUGAGAUUUUUAAAAGAAAGCGAGGUGUGUUUCAGGGCCUUUCGCUACUGGGAACAUUUUGUGAUAUCGUCUAUUCCACUAUGGUGAAUGAGAGGUUCCAGUUUCUAGAGUCGGCAUCUCCAAAUUUAUUUAUACGAUUAGCUGAUGAUUUUUUGUUCGUCUCCAGCAGCUUUGAUGAUUGUAAAAGGGUACAAACCAUAGUCAAUAGUAACGAUCUCCACGCAUACGGGGCAUAUGUGAAUAUGCAGAAAACAACAUUUAUUGUACCAGAUAAAGAGAAAACUGUGAAAUUCGUCGGCUUGGAGAUAUUUAUUCCCAGGUUGGAAAUCCGAAAAGAUUACGACCGAACUGAUUUAAUAACGUCGAAAUACCGUUCUUUCAAGUCGCUACUAAAAUACCUCAAGAGUUGCCUUCAAAACCGAUUGCAUUCAUUCUUGAUCAAUCUCUCUUUUGGAGAAAUAUUCCCAGUAAGGGAUAAUAUUGCAAAGCUUUUAAGCUUGAUUCUCAAUACAUUCUUGAAAGGAUACAGAAGAACACUUCAAACUGAUAGAUUCGAUCAAAUUAAAUUUAUUCACUUUCUAAAUGAUUUGAGGGAUUUUACAGUAUGCAGAUACCUACUGGUCAACGAGUCUCCCGAAAAGGUUGAAGACGUUUUGACAGUAAUUAAUCUCGAAAUCAUCAAGUGUUUCCGAGAUAGGGAAGAGUUUGAGUUUGUAUUACAAACUACAAUUUAA